GUUGAAGUUCUCGCUUCCUCUCGUCCUACCGCUCCUUCUUCCUGCUAGCUACAGCACGUCGUUAGCUAGAUGCAGCAUGUACAGCUAGUUUAGCCGAAAGCUGACCAAAUGGAAUGAGUAAUUUUCUUACUACAUCUGUAAAUGUCGCUGUGGCUGACUAGCAGCUAGCUGUGCUGAAAAUGUCCGUAUUUAGCCUCGCUGCCUCGCGCACAUGCCGUGGCGUAUCGCUUAGAAUCCCUCGGACAUUAUUUACCCUGCUACCUAACGAUGGAUACUCAAUAACAAACCUGUACAGCAGCUGUCCGAGGAGCCGCUACACAAAUAUAACUCGUCUGCCUAGCUCUCAACCACUUAACACGAAGGUACCACAGGUGGCAACUUGGGAGCCAGUACCAGAGGACCAGCUUCCCCCACCUGCCCAUAUCCCUGCUGACCUGGUGGACAAACUAGAGCGACUGGCCUUGGUUGAUUUCCGCACCAAGCAGGGAGUGGCAUGUUUGGAGAAAGCCAUACGGUUUGCAGACCAGCUUCAUGCUGUUGACACGACAGGGGUUGAACCGAUGGAUUCAGUUCUGGAGGACAGGGCUUUACACCUGAGGGAGGAUGCGGUGAUUGAGGGUGAUUGUGCGGAAAAACUACUUCAGCUCUCCAACAGCACAGUUGAAGAAUAUUUUGUGGCACCACCAGGAAAUAUUCCUCUACCUAAGAGAGAGGAGAGGACUGCCAUGCUGAAACACUCAGAGUUUUGAUAUUUAUUAUUUUUUUUGAAGACUGAAAGUGUUUUUCAAGGACUGCAGUAUGUGUCUGAUUUCCUGGUUGAGUCCAGCUUCACUGCAUAUCUAAAAGGGUUAUGUGUGAUGUGUGUUUUCACAUAUUCUGCAACAGGAAAAAUAAAAAGCUGCUUCUCAUUUGCA